GUACACAUUACCAAAUUUCUAAAUUUUCCGCGGAACUGCUUUGUUUACACAUGUCUACCUGGGACGCAACACGCAUCCGACUUCUGGAAAAGUGAGACAGAUAUUCUUGCCUAGGCAGUAACAGACUGAAGACAACAGACAGAAGAGAUGGCUAACGGAUUUGGGACGAUAACUUGGUGGGGAUUCAGUCCAGCUUUGGACCUUCAGGACAAAGAUUUAUUAACUGCAGUAAACAGGAUGAAAAUAAGCGAGAAGGAAAAUGAUGAGCUGAAGAUUUUGCUGGUGGGGUCUGGAGAUUUGAGACAUGUUUUGAUGACUAUAGCUAGAUCCUACCGCCACCAGCCCAGAAAGCUCCACUUUUACAUUCUGGAGAAUGCGUUGGAGUUGUAUGCUAGAGACCUGUUAUUUCUGGCGCUGAGUUUGGAGACACCAAAGCGGAUGGGAUUACAAGAGAAAACAGAAAUGUUCCUUGAACUCUUUGGCAAUCUUCUGGUCCGGAAACAGGCUUGUGAAUAUGUGGAGAAAAUGGCAAACGAGUUCAUCAAGAUGGUGACAGAUUCAGACUAUCUCGCUCAGAAGCUACCAAUGUUAGAUCUCUCUCAGUUAAAGUUUAAAGAGAGAGAUUUUCUUGAGGGGAUUUUCAAGUUCUGGAGAAAUCCAUCAUCAGAAGUAUUUGAUGCUGAAAAACAUUGGGAUAUGAGACAGAGACAAUACCUAGGACCCAGAUAUGACUGUAGAUUGAAUGCUUAUGAUUGGGAUUAUCACAUGAAACUGGUCAACAAAGAGGCAGACAUCAUACACAAACAUGAAUACAAACGAUGGAGGAGCACUGGGAUAGCUUUUGAACCAAGGGAGGCAACUUAUGACAUUCCCAACAAAACACUGGCUUCAGGAGUCGUUGUAAAUCAGGGAGGGGAGAAGGUGAUGCGGCGGGGAUACUGGGGGGACGUCCUGGUCGGACCGUACCUGGCCUUUGGGAUUCAAUCAGAGGAGAAGUCUUUUUUCAAGAAAUCAAACAACCAGUACACCAAGAUUUCUCUGCAAGUGGCUGAGUUCAACAUUUUAUCACUGUUCCAUGAGAUAGCUCAUAAAGAGAAGUACAGUCCACCUAAAAUAGAGGAGAAAUCUGACGAUACGAAAGAUAGUAAAGGGGGAGUCACAAUUACAGAAAUAACUGAAGAAGAAAAAAAUUCAGGAGAGACUGAUGUUAAGGAGUCAGGAGAAUCUCCUAGUAAUCCUCUAGGCCAGGCCUAUGAGUGUUUGCCCCUGGAGGAUGUGAAGAUAACAUUCCUGCCACUAAAUUCUCUUCCAGAUCUCUCUAAGAAAUCCAAAUAUAAGAACUGCUUCCACACUGUAUACUUUGCUAACAGUUUGGUUCAUCUUUUAACUCCUGAGGUGGCGCCUAUCUUCAGAGAUUCAGCGACUGUGAUGAUAGAGACAGCAAGGUAUAUGCUGGAACUAAAAGAUGAACAAGAACUAGAAUUUGCCAACAAAGUAGUGGGAUUAGCUAAAGCAGCUGGUUGUCAGGAUCCAGGAGAUUUUGAUGCUAAAUCAUCAAAUGUCAUAACCUUCAAAUAUGAGCGCCCCUCCUCCUGAUAUUUAUUGGAUCUGAGUUUCAUCAUCAUUAUCAUUUUGAGAGACAUUUAUUGAACUAUUUAUUGACACUCAGUGACAUCAGUUCCUUUUAAUAUGGUUUUGUUCAUCCUUAUAAGCCAUGUUUAAUUUAAAAUAUUCAUUAUCAAAGAUUAAAAUAUUUUAUU